UGUAUCUGCAGAGGAGAAGAAAGUCAUCUGGCUGGUGUACAAGUAUGAGAAGUUGCAGCCGCUCACGUACUAUGCAUCAGCAGCCCAAACGCAGCCCACAGCUGGCCUUGGCCUAUGGAUGUCCAAGAGCACAGAGGAAGCUGGGCUGCGAGAACGAUGCCUGAUGGUCAGGACUAUAUGCAGAGGAGUGCUGCACGCUCUGAGCUUCUGCCACAGAAGAGGCGUGGCUCAUGGGUCGCUGGGGCCAGGAUCCAUCAUGCUGUCAACAUUUAGGGACUGCCAGGCAAGAGAAUUGAUUGUCAAGCUGGACAACUUCGGCUUUGCACAAAUGCAAAAGCCAUGUGCUCCAGGAGCGUUGUAUCCCUCUCCACAAGCCCUGGAUCCAGAUCACCCCCUGAGCCUGGCCCAGCAAGAAGACUUGAGGGCAGCAGGGCUCGUGCUGUUGGAGACAGUCAUCUGUGCUCUGGCCGAUGGAGGCCCAAGCGAUGCAACAACCAGUGCCGCACUGCAGCGCCUGGUCUUCGAUGUGUUUGCCAGCGAUGUGCACGCCUUCAGGAGGCAUUGCAACCAAGAGCAGGACUGGGUGUUGGCGGCAGCUUUGCUGGAUGAGUACGACGGAUGGCAGCUUGUCGCGGAUAUGAUAAGUGGGCAGAAGAGUGCGGAGGAGUGCUUACAGAACAAAUUUGUGUGUGGUGUGUGACUGCUGUGCUUGUCGUGAUAGCUAGGAAAGCUCAUGAGAGUGUCUGAUUGAG